AAAGUCUCAAAACUCAUAUUUAAAAAGGUAAAAUUCAAUUAAAAAGAACACAAAUGACUUGAAUGUAAAUCUACUAUCAACCAUAUAUGAAAUAUCUGACCGAACCCAAAUUCAUCUCACCUGUAAUGUGCUCAAAUGACAGGUGUAAGUCAGAUUCAUUCAUUCGCAUGUUUUGGAAAGGACGGACGACUUUCCCUUUAGAUUUUACGGUGAAAUCGUAGGAUUCGAUUUCGAUUUUGACAUAACCUACGGCAUGGUAAACACAGCUCAACCAGUCCAGGGAGGCAGAGACACUGUGGCAAACAUCAAAACAAUUGCAUAGAUGUACUGUAUACCGCGUUUCGAAAGAGCCCACCGGUCUACGAGAAAGCAUGGAAAUUAAAUAUAUGGAGUAUCGAAGAUGGCAUUAAAUGACAAGUUUGGCUCCAACCAUAUGAAAAUGGCCCCCAUAAUGUCUCCCAGAAAUUUCACAUUGGCUUCCAUUUCCUUCAACUCCCCAGUAUAAAUGCCUCUCUUAGGAUCCACCAAUCAAUCACAAAACCAAACACUAGAGUAUUUCCAAGAGUUAUCCAGAGUGCCUGAAAAUGCAGCAGAACUGGGAACAACGUCAUACAGGGCUUGUAAUAAUUAGGCUUUUGACGAAAAAGCUAAAGAGUUUUCUCUCAGAGUUACCGUCAAGGGGCCGCGAUGGAAAUAACAUUGAGUUUGAUGAGGAUGUGGAAGAAACAAAGAUACCAAACGAUGUGAAGGAAGGACAUUUUGCAGUAAUUGCAGUCAAAGGUGGAAAAUCAAAGAGGUUUAUCUUGGAACUGAGUUAUCUGAGGAAUCCAGCGUUUUUAAGGCUAUUAGAGCAAGCUAAAGAGGAAUAUGGAUUCCAACAAAUGGGACCUCUAACUGUCCCUUGUCAACCUGAAGAGUUACAGAAGAUCUUAGAAGACAAAAUAAAGAAAACUACUAGUCUCUAGGUGUAGUUCCAUUAUAUUGUUUUCUGACAGGAUGAUUAAGCUAAUGUUAUUCCUUUUUUUCCCCUAUUAGUUCAAUGCUCCUGCAUGUAAAAUUCCAUACUGUUUACGACUUCUGCAGAAACAGAAGCAUACACCAGAGUGUCGAUGUAUGUAUGUAUGCAUGCAUGCAUGCAUGCAUGUAUCUGCACAAUGUCAUUCUUAUGAGAUACAAAUAUUCCGAGGAAGAUUCUUAGAUCA